AAUCCUCACUAUUGAAACCCUAACUCGUGGAGGAAAAUCACUCUAAAAAAAUGGUGCAUACCAGAGCCCAAACCAAGAAGAUGCUUCAUGCCUCUAUCUCUCGUUUCAACGAUGACCUUUUUACCGAGAUUCUUCUCCGCCUCCCUGCUGCCUCCAUCUUUCGUUUCAAAUCCGUUUCCAAACACUGGCGUUUGCUUUUGAGUCAGAAAUAUUUCACCCAAAGGUAUGAUAACCUUUCAAAAUCUCCAACAGGUCUUAUUGCUACCGAUAUAUAUGUUCCCUUUGAUGUUGAAAACCCAAGCACUCCCCCUUUUCGUUGUCUUGAUUUAUACUUUGAUCGUUGUGAUGUUGAAAUCGUGCAAUCUUGUAAUGGGUUACUACUUUGCUCUACCAACGGCCGCAACGGUGUUAAUAAAUAUUAUGUAUUUAAUCCCACCACCAAGCAGUUGGCACUCAUCCCACCCGUUCCCGGAGAUCCUAGCGCUAUAUGGUUUAUGGGUCUGGCAUUUCAUCAAACAGAUUGUGUUCGCUACAAAGUUAUCUGUGUUCUUUCUGUUGGGUCUUGUGUCGAUUCGUAUCAGAUUCAAGUCUACUCGUCUGACACAAAGGAAUGGAAGAUAUCUAUCGAAUCUUUCCCUGCCUCUAUACCCAUCAUCCGCGACGGGGUUUACUGGAAUGGAGCGUUUUAUUGGGCUUCUUUAUUUGACAAUAUAAAUUACUGGUACUUCAAAAUAGAUGAUCAACAGCUGCACACGUUACCCUUGCCUCUUGGCUUGAUCCCUUCUGAUUCUGAAGUGGUGAGAAAGUACUUGGGAGAAUCCAGAGGUCAUCUACAUUUAAUUGCAUACAAGAAUUUCCAAGGAGGUAUGUUAAGCCUGAAUGUGUAUGAGAUGUUGAGCGAUCAUUCUGGCUGGUUUGUCAAGUAUCAACUACAGCUUGAUGCGCUUCCCGCUGCUGCUUUCCCAAGUAGGAUUGUUGGGUACGUUCCCGAUUAUGAGUUCCAAGUCAUGGAUGUGGUUAGAGGCAAAGAAGAAGAAGAUACAUUCGUGGUGCUGGAAACUCUUGAUAAGAUUAUAACAUACAAUGUUCAUGACAGGAGUUUUAAACAGAUAUAUAGUUUUACCAAAUAUUGUAGUUCAGGUUUUUAUCGUUACACCGAAACCUUGUCUUCUUUUUAAAAGACAUUUCGGAAUGUUUAUAUCUCGUACUAAAUUGAUUUAGUAAAGUUUUGUCUUGGUUGAAAACUUUGUUUAUCAACAAAUUGAAUUUCAUUUA